AUGUUAUUGAAUGUUGAGGCUGUAGCUUCUUGUUCCAUUAUCGUCACUCACUUACCUCGUAUAGUGUCGGAUCACUCUCCUCUGAUCACUAAGUUUGGAAAAAUGCAGCCACCUAAAUCUCGAUUUUACUUUCAAACAGUGUGGUUGGAGCACCAAGAAUUCGAUACAUUUGUUUCUUCCACUUGGCAGCAGGCGAGCGUCGUUGGGAAACAUACUUUUGAGGGGAAACUAGGCUAUCUACGUUCGGCUCUUAAAGAGUGGAACUGGGGCACGUUUGGUAAGAUUGAGGAUAAUAUAAGUGCCAUGCAAGCUAGGAUUGAGGAAUUGGAGCAACGCCUAGCUCAUGACUGGAAUGAGGGCCUGCUUCUUGAGUGUCAAAAGGUUAAAGAAGACCUCAAACAACAAUUAAAUAUUAAGGAACGAAGAAAGAAAAACUUAAUUUCUCUUAAACAAGAGGAUGGUACAUUCACAUCAGACGGUCGGAUUAUUGGAGAAAAGGCAGUGGAUUAUUUUUCGGAACUAUUUCACGAAUCCCCAUAUCAUCUGGAUUCUGAUAUUUUCUCAAACGUGGAGGCCAGGGUUACUUCCGAUAUGAACUUACGGCUGAUCGCGAUUCCAGACGAGGCAGAAGUGUUACAAGCCAUUAAAGAAUUAUCGCCAGAUAGUGCUCCGGGUCAAGAUGGAUUUACCGGCUAUUUUUAUUCUUAUUGUCUGCACAUAAUAAAGAACGAUCUUAUGCAUACCAUUACCGGAUUUUUUUGUGGAGAUCAUCUCUCCAAAGGUAUUACGACAACACUUCUUACACUGAUCCCGAAAAUCAAUAACCCGGAUUCGCUUACUCACUUUCGUCCCAUCAGCUUGGGAAACUUUGUGAGCAAAUUAAUUUCAAGAAUUAUUGCUUCCCGUUUGAGUCUAUAUUUACCAACGAUUAUCUCUGAAGAGCAGACGGGGUUUCUUAAAGAUCGAAGUAUCCAUGAAUCGAUAGCCAUUGCUCAGGAGUUGGUUUCCGAUAUCGAUAGAAAAGUCGAGGGUGGUAAUUUAAUUUUCAAAUUUGAUACGUCCAAAGCUUAUGACAGGCUGGAAUGGAGAUUCCUACUCAAGGCUAUGCAAGCUCUCGGUUUUUCGCAUCAGGGUCGUAGAGGUGGUCGUGCCUUACCCUUUCCGCAGCUGCCUGGUCCGGCGUACUUGGAGGGUCCGUGCGAGGGAGGGCCACAAAAUUACGAGUUUAUGCGAUGGUUCAAGUCGCAUAUAGCGAUGUACAUUUGGGAAGGAUAUGAGCGCCGUGAAACUACACGGUGGGAGUCGAGGAGCAAAGCACUCGAGGACUACCGCGGCCCGCAGGAUAACACGAUGAUUGCGAGGCUGGAGGCAACAGGUCUUUACCACUUACGAGACUGUUCUCUGAAGAGGAUGAACAAGAACCUCAUGCUAGCUUUCGUGGAGAGGUGGCAGCCGGAGACGAACAGUUUCCACAUGCCAUGGGGCGAGAUGACGAUCACGCUCCACGAUGUCGCUUUCAUCCUGGCGUUGCGGCUGGACGGACCGCCAGUUUCUGAAAUUCGCCCGGUAGAAGAAUGCUCACAGAGUCUUGCAUCUCUAUUGGGUGUCGGUCUGAUGGACACCAAUGAGAUGUUUCGAAACAAGGGAAUUGGUUGUGUUAAAGUGAGAGAUCAGUUGACCCUUCCCUCCACCACAGACGAGAAGAAGAUGAAGGGCUACUUGAUGUUUCUGCUUGGGUCUGUUUUGUUUGUAGACAAAACAGCGUGUAACAUGAAGCCGUGGUGGAUCCAUUUUACCAACGAUCUCGAUAAUGUCGGCAAGUAUUCGUGGGCUUCAGCAUGCUUAGCAAACAUGUACCGCCAAUUGGGUAUUGCCACCCGCGCUGGGAUGAACAGUCUAUGUGGAUGUGUUAUUCUCCUUCUAUGCUGGAUCUUUGAGUAUUUCACCUGCUUUCGACCACCUCUUUCCCGUUCAUAUGCCGAUUUUGAGCCUCGAUGCAGAAGGUGGGCCCAUGGUGGAGGCAAUAAAACCACGCUGCAGGAAUACCGGAAAAUACUCGACGCCAUGACCGAAAGAGAUGUUUGUUGGACCCCGUAUGGUACCGGUGCACAUUACUUGCAUCCUCGGAGCAUGUAUUACGGCACGAUACAGUUCAUGGAUAUAGUGGAGCCGUACAUGCCCGACCGAGCGUUGCGGCAGUUUGGAAGAGUCCAGACUAUCCCUUUCCCGAUAAUUGAAUCGAACUUGCCACAUAACCGCGGUUUGUUUGGCGCGGGAUACAAAGUCACUUUCCACGCUCCUGGCGGCUUGUGGCAGAACGAGUACGCCAACUUCAUUGACCUGUCGCAAUACCGUGAAGCCUGGCCGCCGGAAACAGUUGCCGGGAGUCCGUGGGUUCAGCUUAGGUAA